AUGGCUGAAUCGUCAUCCCAAAACAGUGCAGCGGCCAACAGUGGUUCUUCACAAUCCUUGGCAGACCUGCUUCUACAACUAGAAGACUACUCUCCUACGAUUCCCGAUGCGGUCACGUCACAUUUUCUCAACCGUGCAGGUUUCGAAGCCAGUGAUCCUCGUGUGGUGAGACUGAUAUCGAUCGCGGCGCAGAAGUUUAUCUCGGACAUUGCCAACGACGCUCUACAACACUGCAAGAUGCGCGGGGCCGGUCAGAGCAAAAAGGCCACCAAAGACAAGCGGUACACCCUUACCAUGGAGGAUUUGAGCCCCGCCUUGCUCGAGCACGGCAUCAAUGUGAAGAAGCCGUACUACUUUGUGUGA